AUGGCCUGCUGCGCCGGCUGUCUCGGCCCCAGUUUGCCGCCUCACUACACGUUCUCAAACAGCGCGAGGAACGCACGCGGCGACGCGCGCAUCAGCCCGGAUAAGCGCAUCUACCUCUCCGUCUUCUUCCCCGACAGUGAGCGGGCGCGGCCGGCGCACUUCUUCUUCGACCGGACAAAGGCGACGAGCCGGGUAGUCGAGGAUGCGGUUGCCUACGCCGGCCUCCAGCUCGACCGAGGCCGGUUGGUCGGCAGCCCAGAGAAGCUCAACCUGUUUACACUAGAGGGUGAAGUGCUGCGGACGGACCUGCCGCUCGACGCUCACCUUGGCGCGACGCUCCACCCGUCCGACGUGCUGCUCCUCGAGAAGGGGAACAGAGUAUCGGAGGACCGCCUCGACGCCAUCAAGGCGGCAGUGGAACAGCAGAACGGAUCAUGUGUGGUCAUGUAG